CAUGCAUGGGACAGGAUGCUUGUAUGGAGCUUCUCAGCAGCAUGGUUGGGAUCUCUCUUUGCAAAAUACACCUUCUUCUUAUAGCAGGUUCUUGUCUGGGACUGAAGGUGACUGUGCCAUCACACACUGUCCACGGCAUCAGGGGACAGGCCCUCUACCUUCCAGUGCACUAUGGCUUCCACACUCCGGCGUCUGACAUCCAGAUCAUAUGGCUGUUUGAAAGAUCCCACACAAUGCCCAAAUACUUGCUAGGCUCCGUAAAUAAGUCUGUGGUUCCUGACUUGGAAUACCAGCACAAGUUCACCAUGAUGCCACCCAAUGCAUCUCUGCUCAUCAACCCGCUGCAGUUCACCGAUGAGGGCAAUUACAUCGUGAAGGUCAACAUCCAGGGGAAGGGAACUCUGUCCGCAAGUCAGAAGAUACAAGUCACUGUCGAUGAUCCUGUCAUGAAGCCAAUGGUUCAGUUCCAUCCUGCUUCUGGGGCUGUCGAGUAUGUGGGCAACAUUACCCUAACCUGCCAGGUAGAAGGAGGUACCAGGCUGGUUUACCAGUGGCGAAAAAAUGGGAAGCCCAUUUCCAUCAACUCCAGCCACUCCUUUUCUCCCCAAAACAACACCCUUUGGAUUGUUCCGGUGACAAAAGAAGACAUUGGAAACUACACCUGCCUCGUGUCAAACCCUGUCAGUGAGAUGGAAAGUGAUAUCAUUAUGCCCACCAUAUAUUAUGGACCUUACGGACUUCAGGUUAAUUCUGAUAAAGGGCUAAAAGUGGGAGAAGUCUUCACUGUUGACCUGGGAGAAGCUGUCCUCUUCGACUGUUCCGCUGAUUCUUAUCCCCCUAACACCUACUCCUGGAUCCGAAGAUCUGACAAUACUACACAUGUCAUUAAGCAUGGGCCUCGUUUAGAAGUUGCAUCUGAGAAAGUGGCCCAGAAGACGGCUGACUACGUGUGCUGUGCUUACAACAACAUCACCGGAAGAAGCGAUGAAACUCGAUUCACUGUCAUCAUCACUUCCGUAGGGCUGGAGAAGCUUGCACAAAGGGGGAAAUCACUGUCCCCAUUAGCAAGUAUAACUGGAAUAUCACUGUUUUUGAUUAUAUCCAUGUGUCUUCUUUUUCUGUGGAAAAAAUAUCAACCUUACAAAGCUAUAAGACAGAAGCUAGAAGGCAGACCAGAGUCAGAAUACAGAAAAGCUCAAACAUUUUCAGGCCAUGAAGAUGCCCUGGGUGACUUCGGGAUCUACGAGUUUGUGACUUUUCCGGAUGCAUCUGGUGUUCCCAGGAUGUCAAAUAGGUCUGCCCCUGCCUCUGAUGGUGUAACAGGGCAAGAUUUUCACGGAACAAUUUACGAAGUCAUUCAGCAUAUCCCCGCACAACAGCAAGACAAUACAGAGUGAGACUCCAUGGGCAAAAUAGUAUAUUGGAGUAAAAUCACGAAGAAACAUUUUGAAAGGAAACAUCCGGAAACCGUGAAAAGUAAAAUCCUGGCAACCUUCAGUUUCGUCUUAAUGCAGAGUAGAGGCACCUGUGCAGACGGAAGGCUGGUUUUUCUGACAUGCGCAAUGGGCUGUGUGACAGAGGAACACCGUAGGAAUAUUCUUCCGUGGACAGUUUCUCACCCA